UACUUCUGGACGAAUUAUUUCCUGAACCUAAUUAUUCGCGGCGCUCGGUCCCACUUCGCGGCAGAAGAACACCGCCGCCGCCGCCGCCGCCGUCACAGGAAUUCCCUGCCAUGGAGGGCGUUGGCGCGCGGUUAGGGCGCUCGUCGGCCCGUUACGGCCCCGCGAUGACGUUCACCGGGCCCGUUAGGAAGUGGCGGAAGGAAUGGGUCACCAUCUCCGCCGCCACGGCCACGGCCACCUCCGCCGCGGCCUCCUCAACCGGGACUGGAUCUCGUGGAAAUAACCUCAUCCUGUUCAAGUGGACCCCGCUGAACGGCGCCAACGAAGGAGAUGAGGAGCAGACGGCACCGGCGAAGACGGCCACGAGAAGGCGGCGGUACGUGCCGGUUUCUGUAGUUCAAGAUCAAAGGCAAGAAUCUGCCAAAUCUGAUGAUGAGAACAAGGCUAAUGAUGGAGAACCUUCAUCUACGGAAACUGAGCAGUCUAUUGGGAAAACUAAUAUGGAUGAUAUACUUAUGGAUGAGUCCCAGGCAUCAGACGAGGUUCGAGAUUCUGGAAAUUUCGUUGGUGGAACCGAUAUAAAUCUGAACUUAGGUCCAAAAGACCCCGACCGUGAAGAUGAAGGUGAUACAGGUGAGCAACACGAGGUUCGAACAGAACACAGAUUGAAGAGGAAAUCUGUUACCCCUGACCUCGAGAUGAGAAUGUAACAGGCAGCUUCAUUUAUUCCUUGGUUUCUUUAUUAUUACAGUUUCCCUUUUUGGGCCAUUUAUGUAAUUUUCUUGACAUACUGUAUACGUGGAGAGACAAGUCAACAGAAUCACAACUACAUAGUGAAACGCCUGCGUUGUGUUGCCAAAUAACGUUAAUGAAACUUUUCUUUCGUUUCGCAAA